ACCUUCAAUCCAAAAAUGGCAGCUUCAGACCAUCACCAAACUCCAACCCUUCCUCUCCUCAUCAAAUUCCACGACGUCGAAAAAGGCAGCAGCACAGUCGAACCCCACACUCUUAACUCCACUAAGACAACCUCGUUUCUCACCACCACUUUCAACGGCCUCAACGCCCUCUCAGGUGUCGGAAUCCUCUCAGUCCCCUACGCAUUAUCCUCCGGCGGAUGGCUAAGCCUUAUCCUUCUCUUCGCCAUCGCCGGCACCACUUUCUACACAGGUCUCCUCAUCAAAAAAUGCAUGGAAGUCGAUCCCGACAUAAGAUCCUAUCCCGACAUCGGCCACAAGGCGUUCGGGCCCAAAGGCCGACUGCUGGUCUCCAUCUUCAUGAACCUCGAACUCUACCUCGUCGCCACCGGCUUCCUUAUCCUCGCCGGCGACAAUUUGCACAACCUCCUGCCGGACGUAAGAAUCGACGUCUUCGGCAUUGUAAUUAACGGACGCCAAAGCUUCGUCCUCCUCGUUGCCCUAAUUUUGACCCCAACCGUUUUGAUCGACAAUAUGACAACUCUUUCUUACAUAUCCGCCACUGGAGUUUUCGCUUCUGUAAUCAUACUGGCGUCGAUUCUGUGGUCGGGAAUGUCGGAAGGGAUCGGAUUCCGACACAAAGGUGUUCUUCUGAACUGGAGUGGACUUCCCACCGCUUUCAGCUUAUACGCCUUCUGUUACUGCGCUCAUCCAGUUUUUCCGACGCUCUACACCUCCAUGACCAAUCGACGACAUUUCUCAGGGGUUCUGUUUGUAUGUUUCACUUUCUGUACCUUCGCAUACGUAACAACGGCGGUUCUGGGAUACCUGAUGUUCGGCGGGGAGUUACAGUCGCAGAUCACGCUGAAUCUUCCGACAGACAGGUUGAGCUCGAAGGUGGCUGUCUACACGGCUCUGAUCACACCCAUAUCUAAAUACGGGCUGAUGCUGAAGCCGAUCGUGGAGACGAUAGAAAGCCAUUUUCGAAGCUGCUGCGAGAAGAGGUUCUACGGUUUGUUCGUGAAGACUGGUUUGGUCGGAAGCAGUGUUGUCGUGGCCUUAACACUGCCUUUCUUCGGGUCCCUCAUGUCUCUUGUCGGAGCAUCUUUGAGUGUCACUGCUUCGAUACUCCUCCCCUGUUUCUGCUACUUGAAGAUUUCUUACAGGAAGAUUGGGAUUGAAUCGGCAUUCAUCGUUUUUGCAUUAUUGAUGGGGCUUGUAAUUCUUGUCGUUGGUACUUACACAUCAUUUUUGGAAAUCGUACAUAGCCUGUAGAGUCAGGUUUUCAUUAUAGAAUACAGGAGCACAGAUGAGUUUGUACAUUUGACUAAAAGUUAAAGUCAAAGAGGGAUUGCUCCGGCUCUUCUCUUAAAAUCUCCGAUUAGGUCAAAGGCGUCAAUUAUCUCUUAUAUUUAUUUGGUUAUGUACAAUAUAUAUAUAUAUAUAUUGUUUUAUGUUU